AUGCGAAAUACACGAGUUUUUAUCGCGAGCGAUUCUGAACAAGCAUCGUCAAAAAUAGCUCUCCAAUUUCCAAAUCAAACUAUAACAGUACCUGGUCCAAUCCUUCAUAUUGAUCUACCAGCUGAGGGUGUUGAUCGUGAUCAUGGAUUUCUUAAAGUAGUUAUCGAUUUUUACGCGUUAGGAGAAUGUCACACAAGUAUUCUUACACCUAGUGGAUUUUCGGCAUUAGCCAAUCGACGACGAAUAGAUCCAUACCAAAACUUAUUUAAAUAUGAGGACUCGAAUAGGCGAAUCGAACGUUGCCACAAUGUCUACGAAUAUGGACCGCCACCAAAAGUCAUGAAUAGUCAAUUAUAUUGUAGAGUAGUUUUCAAUUGCUCUUCUCGUGAAAUGUGA